ACUAUACCCUCUAUUUUUCCUUAAUUUACUUUGAAUUCUUCUUCUUCUUCACUUCGACCUACAUUUCAAUCGUCUGCAAAGCUCAACUCUCAAUUCUCGUUUGCUUUCUGAAAAUCUGAUCGGAACGACUCUUUCACAGUGGCAGGUAUGGAAGAGAGGAAAGAAAUUACGGGUGGAUUUGUAGAAGAAGAAGAAGCUUUGAAAGAGGGCAAUUUAUUUUCUGAAUUGAAGCUCUACUGUGUACAAUUAAUGGAUUUCCUUCAAAAUCCAAAGAAGAAACCUUCUUCUACUUUCUCCUCUCUUCUUCAUCUUCUUCAGCGAGCAUCCCCUGUUUCUCUCCAGCCUUUCUUUGACUACACUUUGUUUCCGCUGCUGCUUUUGUUCGACGCAGCAGUGACUUGCAGAUCUUUAUCAAAGACAAAUUAUGAAGAUAGAACACUAUGGUUUAGUGACUCAGAACAUGAUGUUAGUGAUGCUGUGGCAGAAGUUACACUUCUUUGUCUGGAGGAACUCCUUAAGAAAUGCUAUUUAGGAUCUGUUGAUCAGAUGGUUGUGAUCCUUAAGAAAAUGACAUAUGGGGCUUUGCUCUCUCCAUCUGAGGCAUCAGAAGAGUUUCGUGAAGGAGUGUUAAGGUGUUUCAAGUCUCUGUUGUGUAAUCUCCAUCCUUGUUUUGACGACUCCUGUCUGUGCAAACAAGUUCGUGGCUGGCCCAUUCUUCUACAUCAAUAUGAUUUUCAGUUUCCAGGCCCUGCUGUCGCAAAAUCUGACAUUGUUCUACAAGAAUGUCUAUUAGCAUUCCUUCAAUCUGAGCCUGCAUCACCCAUUGUUGGACACUGGCUUUCCCUUUUGCUCAAGGCUGCAGAUACUGAGUCCAAGCGAGGACAUCGUGGCAGCUUAAGGCUACGUGUGGAGGCCUUCGUUGCGUUCCGAGUGCUUGUUUCAAAGGUUGGUUCUGCAGAUGCACUCGCAUUCUUUUUACCUGGUGUUGUUAGUCAGAUUGGAAAAGUGUUUCAUUUAUCAAAAUCUAUGAUUAGUGGAGCAGCUGGUAGUACGGAAGCCCUUGAUCUUGCCAUCAGAGGUUUUGCAGAAUACCUCAUCAUAGUUCUUGAUGAUGCUGCUAAUGUAUCUAGUCUUAAAACCCCUAUGCAUGAUCAUUCUGGAAUUUCUUCAAGGGAAGAUAAACCUAUUGCUUCUUUCCUGGAGGAACUACGUCAGCUCCCUGCUAAACAUCAAGAGGACGAUGAUUCCGAGUGUGUGACAAGAUCUGUAGAAAAGGGUGUAAUGGUAUCUGACUUCAGAGAGAAGGCUAAGAGCAAUUCCAUUGGCAAGGAUGGUUCACUACGUGUUAAGCGUACUAGAGAGUGGAUCAAAAAUACAUCCGCUCAUCUUGAUAGACUUCUGUCUGUAACUUUUCCCCAUCUUUGCAUUCAUCCGGCCAAGAGAGUGAGACAGGGAGUUCUUGCCGCUGUACAAGUUCUCUUAUCAAAAUGCCAACGCACAUUGGAGGCAAGCAGAUUAAUGCUUUUGGAGUGCUUGUGUGUCUUGGUCUGUGAUGAUUCUGAGGAGAUUGCUUUAGCUGCUCAGAGAUUUCUCAGGCUUAUGUUCUCCUCCAGGGGAAAACAUCAGCUAGAAAGUGAUAUGUCUGAGAUCUUUAGCAGGCUUGUUGAAAAACUUCCACAAGCACUCAUGAGCAGUCAAGAGUCGCUCCCACUAUCACAUGCCCGAAAGUUACUUGCAAUCACGUAUUUCUGUGGACCCAAUCUUGUGGCAGACUACCUCAUCUAUUCUCCAGUGAAAGCUGCUCAAUUCUUGGACGUUUUUUUCUUUUGUCUGAGUCACAAGUCAGCCUUUGUUGGUUCACUUGACAAGCUUGUAUCAGCAAGAACAUCAUCCUCUGGAUUUAUGCGGUCCAUAGCAGAAUUAAAUGCUGUAAUUAAGGCUGAAUCUGAAAAUUCAGAGCGCUCAGUUCUUCAAAACAGGAAAAUAGUAUCCUUGCCUGAAAAUGUACAUACUGAGUAUGAGCUUCCUCGCGUGCCACCUUGGUUUGUUAACAUUGGCAGCCAUGAUCUUUACCAAGCUUUGGCUGGAAUUCUUAGACUUGUAGGUAGAUGUUUAUUUGCAGACUCUCAAAUUGAAGGUUCCCUUUCUGCUAUAGCUGAUAUUCCACUUGGACACUUGCGUAAAUUAAUUUCUGAGGUACGAACAAAAGGAUACCAUAGUGAAAGCUGGCUGUCUUGGUAUAAGAGAACAGGUUCAGGGCAGUUGGUCCGACAGGCUAGUACUGCUGCAUGUAUAUUGAAUGAAAUGAUAUAUGGAAUUUCUGAUCAAGUUAUAGCUAAUUUUCAAACCAUGUUUGGGAAGUCCAGUCUAAGUGGGAAUGGUGAGUGCUUUUAUGCUGAUGAUAAUGGUGAAUAUUGUGAAUUUGUGGGUAAUGCACAAGAGGAAUGUGUUUGGAAUGUCAACAAGGAUGGAAAUGCAAGGAUCCAGUUGAUAGACUGUAUUGGUAACAUAUUACAUGAAUAUCUAUCCUCCGAAAUUUGGGAUCUUCCACUGGAGAGUAGUUCCGUUUCCCAUUUUGAUGGAGAAGGAAACUUAAAUUCAUACUUUUUCCAUGACAACGCAAUGCUACAGCAGGUUAUUAUUGAGGGAAUUGGCAUAUUUAAUAUUUGUCUUGGGAAAGAAUUUUCUUCAUCUGGAUUUCUUCAUUCUUCACUUUAUAUGAUGCUUGAAAAUGUUAUCUGUUCAAAUUUUCACAUCAGAAGGGCAUCUGACGCUGUUUUACAUGUAAUCUCCACUAUAAACAACUGUCCAUCGGUAGGUCACCUGGUAUUGGCAAAUGCAGACUACGUAAUUGAUUCUAUAUGUCAGCAACUGCGUCAUUUGGAUCUUAACCCUCAUGUUCCAAAUUUACUUUCUGCUAUGCUUUCUUAUGUUGGAGUUGCUGAUAAAGUAUUGCCGUUAUUGGAGGAGCCGAUGCGUGCUGUGGCUAUGGAGCUUGAAAUUCUUGGCAGAAACCAGCACCCACAUUUGACCACUCCCUUCUUGAAGGCUGUCGCUGAAAUAACCAAGGCUUCCAGUAAAGAGGCUUGUGCACUGCCAGAAAAAGCAGAGUCAUUUCUAAAGGAAGUGAAGUUUAAAAUAUCAAAUAUGGACAAGGAAAAGGGAAAACAUUUUUCUUCCAGUUCACAUAUUAUGGAUAUAGGUUCUGAGAUUUCUGAUAAAAAGACAGAAAGUUGCUCUAGCGGUGCUGAUUUGCAAGAAGAGGAUUGGGAGUCAAUCUUAUUCAAUUUGAAUGAUUCAAGAAUAUAUCGAAGAGCAGUUGGAUCUAUUGCUGGGUCAUGUAUAAUCGCUGCCACUCCGUUAAUUGCUUCAGAUGAUCAAGCAGCAUGUUUGAUUGCCCUGGAUGUAGUUGUGGAUGGAAUACUUGCAUUAGCUAAAGUGGAAGAAGCCUACAAACACGAGAGUAAAACCAAAGAGACAGUUGAAGAUUUUAUUCUCUCUCGCUUUCCCCACGUUCAUCAGGAUAAUGUUGAUGACGAAACAGGAGAAAACAGAUUACUCCCUGCAAUGAACAAAGUUUGGCCGUUCUUAGUUGCUUGCGUCCGUAAUAAGAAUCCGGUGACCACUCGAAGAUGCUGUCGUGUGAUUAGUACGGUGGUCCAAAUCUGUGGAGGAGAGUUCUUUGCGCGCCGUUUUCACACUGACGGAAUCCAUUUCUGGAAACUCCUAACAACAUCACCAUUUCAAAAGAAAUCUCAUCCAAAACAGGACAGAGUCCCUCUUCAACUACCUUACAGAAAAAGCUCCAAAUCUUCUGAGGACGAUUCAGUUGGUGAAAUCUCCAGCCUCAAAGUCCAGGCCGAACUGCUCAACAUGAUUUCAGACCUGGCUAGAACCAAAAGAAGUGCUCCUGCAUUAGAUGCUGUCUUCAAGAAGGUUAGUGGUCUGGUGGUUGGCAUUGCAUUCAGCGGCGUCAAAGGUCUUCUAGAAGCUUCUGUCAAUGCUCUUGUUGGACUUGCUUCAAUCGACCCUGAUCUGAUAUGGCUUCUCUUAUCCGACGUUUACUACUCAAGAAAGAAAGAUUUGCCUUCUCCUCCCACUUCGGAAUUUCCAGGUAUUCUGGAAAUUUUGCCUCCGCCGCCAUCCUCUAAAGAAUACCUGUAUGUGCUUUAUGGAGGCCAAACCUUUGGAUUUGAUAUUGAUUUUUCUGCUGUGGGGGCUGUGUACACAAAAUUGCAUGACCAAGUUUUUACCAAGCAGAUGUAUACUUGAUUCUUUUCCCUUGAUAGACAGACUAGUUUAGUAAUUUUGUACAUAUAUUUCUCUUUUUCAUUUUGACAUUUUGUGGAGCAAGAAGUUCUUCUUUAUGAAUUGACUUCCUAUCAAGAUGUUUAGUUGUUAGAAUUGGUUUUGUUAGCUGUUUUUUGUCAGCUUUGUUUGGUAAGAGAUGAUGAUUUGCUUGUAAAUGAAUUAUUUGACACAUU